AUGGAACCUCCUCUAAAGAUAACUGCAGUUAAAAGUUCUAUUACUGGCAUUGAGUGGAAAACGAGAUACAUUCCAAGUCUCAAAUCUCUUGCACCUAAAGUACAUACUCUCGUAACACAUACUUAUGUACUUUUGAAGUAUAUUUUUACGCAAGAACUUGAAAACAACAUCGAUUUUGCUUUAAAGGAUCUUGCCAAUGUUGAUUUCUUCAGAGAAGUCUUUACUUCACUACUUGAUAGCUAUAAACCGGAUAAAGCAAAACCAAAAGAAAAAGCAAGAAGCUACAAGAAGCUUAUCAAUAAGCAUCGAGAUACCUAUUGCCAACUCGCCUCUUAUGUUCCAAUCAAACUGAAAUAUGCGCAACAAAUAGGAAGCUAUGAAGCUACGAAAAUCCACACUGCAUAG